GCUUGUCAUAUAUAUAUAUAUAUAUAUAUGAAAUCUAGAAAUGGAGCGCAAAGUGUUAUCUUUGCUCUGCCUCUUUUUUAUUAACGUCUCUGCACAACGGCCAGGGGGAGAUUAUCCAUCGUUUUUCAACAUUGGAGGAGUAUUAAGCAACAAUGACAGCGAAACCCAUUUCUCGUUGGUUAUUGCCCAUCUGAACUUCGAUCAAACAUAUGUACCAAGAGGCGUCACAUAUUACGAUAAAACGAUUAGAAUCGAUAAGAACCCAAUAAAAACUGCUUUGGACGUAUGCAAACAUUUAAUUUCACGAAGGGUAUACGCUGUUGUAGUAUCACAUGAACCAACCGGGGAUCUUUCGCCUGCUGCCGUUAGUUAUACUAAUGGGUUUUAUCAAAUACCAAUCAUUGGAAUUUCAUCUCGGGAUGCAGCAUUUUCGGAUAAAAACAUACACGUUUCAUUUUUGCGAACAGUGCCGCCUUUCUACCAUCAAGCUGAUGUGUGGCUUGAAAUGUUAAGCCAUUUCGGAUAUACGAAGGUUUGUACAAAUGCAAAUACAUCUUUAUUAAUAUUUUACAAUUCUUUUCAAAAUCGUGAAUCUUGACGCUAAAUGUACAUC